CACUUUCCACAGAGGCGGCAAACAGCAAAGUCCCUGUGUAAAAAGUUGAUAGGUACCACAUUUCUAUUCAUUUUCUGGGUAAACGGCAUUUGUUUUCUUUGGUUCCUGGUAUACCGGAUUUGAUCAAAUGACUUGGGUCCCUCUACACACACUGGUUGCCAGCAUGUGCUGAUCUUGCAGGAAGGUUAAAUCAAAUAUCUAAUACAAGAAGUCUGGUUUUGAAGAGUGACGUCUUCCUUCAUCGGACAGCAAGGAUGCACCACUGAAACCGAAGAUGAACAGCUCCGAAAGCAGCUGCGCCCAAACGGCGGACUUUCAGUUCGUCCUCUUCCCGGUGGUGUACAGCUUCGUGGUGGUGUUUGGACUCCUGGGUAAUGUGUUCGCCCUCUACAUGUUCAUGUGCAAGAUCACGCCACGCACCUCGACCAGCGUGUAUAUCAUCAACCUGGCGCUGGCAGACACGGCUUUUCUGUGCACGCUCCCUUUCCGCAUCCAUUACCACUUAAACCACAAUGACUGGAUUUUCGGGGACCAGGCGUGCCAGAUCACGGGCACUCUGUUCUUCGUCAACAUCUACGUCAGCAUCGCCUUCCUCAGCUGCAUCGCCAUCGACCGCUAUGUGGCCACAGUGCACCCCCAUGCCUACCUGCGACUUCAGCGCAGCCCCUGUACGCAGCUCGUCAGCAUGUCGGUGUGGACCGUCGCCGUGGUCGCCGUCGCCAUCUUCAUCAUAGUCGGCCCUCUGGAGAGCAACCCCACCAGUGACCGGCGGAGCUGCUUCGAGAACUUCUCAGAGAACGAGUGGGAAAAGCGCCUGGCGGCCUACAGCGCCUGCAGCCUGCUGUUUGGCUCACUGAUACCUUUCGUCAUCAUCAUGGUGUGUUACCCCCUGGUGGCUCGUCGCAUCGCACGCAUCAAGACUGGCACCAGCCGCCGGGCGCUGCGUGUCAUCUACGCCAUCCUGGGCAUCACGGUGCUCUGCUUUCUGCCGUACCACAUUGUGUGCCUGCUGCACCUGCUCAUGCGCUGUGGCGUGAUCAAGCACUGCUCGUACGCCUCCGCUAUUUACCGCGCGCGCCGUGUCACCAUAGCGCUCGUCAGCAUCAACAGCUGCCUGGACCCCGUUAUCUAUUACUUCUCCACCAGCUUCUGCAAGCUGAACAGGCCCACAUGGCUGUCACUGGGUAGGCACCAUAGGGUCUACAACAUCAGCAGCAAAAUGUGAAUCUAAUCUACAUCUCGGGAGCUCAAGCCUGUGAGGCCUCCAUGUUCAGCAUGGACAGACCCUCCAUGUGGUCACCAGCAGUGACAAGAGGCCGAAAUAACCUGUGUGCCGGUAAUCAGGUCAUCGGUUCAAACCCAGCCUCAGCACGUCUGUGGGUCCUUGAGCGAGGCCCUUAACCCCCAGCUCCCUGGGGGCCGCUAUGGGUGGCUGCCCUUCACGGACAGCUUGCUCUACAAAGAGCAAGUUGAGGGAGGCGUAAAGAAUUUCCCCAAGGAGGUCAAUAAAGUAUCUUUUAUUAUUAAAUAAUAGUUUGUUGG